AUGAAAGCAUUAAUUGAACGUGGUUUACAAUAUGCUGGUGGUAUUUUAAGACGACAACAAAUUACUCAUCCUGCAAGGAAUCGUUUUUGGUCACCAACACAGUCACCUGCACCUCUUCUACCACCACGACCACUACCGCCACCACCACCACCGCCACCACCACCACCACCACCACCACCACCACCGCCACCACCACCACCGCCACCUAUAUUUCAUCCUCCUCCACCUCCUCCUCAUAUUCAACCACAACAAUUUCAAUUUCCUUUUUUUCAAACCCAACAUCUAUCACAGGUUUAA